GCCUUCCCUCUGGAGGGUGGGUAGGGGGAGAGCCAAGAAGACGCCCCUUCCCUUAUGGGGAAACACCCCCCCCGGAGAGAAGGGGCAACCCCCCUUUCUCGGGGGGGGGGCAGAGGGAGCCCUCCAGGUCUGCGUGCGGCGGGCAGCCCCCUCCCAGUGUCCCCCAGGGACGGGGGGGGCGUGUGUGUGGGGCGGGGAGGUCCUCCCUCCUCCGUCCUCCUCCGCCUCCUCCUCCUGGCCGGCGUCCCGCCCUCUCUCCCGGCUUGGCGCCCAGGCCAAAGCGGGGCGGCGGGCGAGGCGGAGGCCGCGGCGGCGGGACUGGAGCAGCACCCGGGAGGAGGCGGAGGAGCCAGGAGGCAGGCAGGCAGCGAAGAUGGCCGAGCCCGGCCGGGCAGAACAAGCCUCCGAGCGCCCGCCCAGCCCCGGCCCCAGCAUGGCGGGCAAGAAUAGCGCCUUGAAGUGUACCUUCUCGGCUCCGGGCCACAGCGCCACCCUCCUGCACGGCCUGGCCUCUCUCCGGGCCCAGGCGCAGCUGCUGGACGUCAUCCUGACCAUCAACAACGAAGCCUUUCAGGUCCACAAAGUGGUCCUGGCCGCCUGCAGCGACUACUUCAGGGCGAUGUUCACCGGCGGGAUGAGAGAAGCCAGCCAAGACGUCAUUGAGCUGAAAGGCGUCUCCGCCAAAGGGCUGAAGCACAUCAUCGAGUUUGCGUACAGCGCCGAAGUCACCCUGGACCUCGACUGCAUCCAGGACGUGCUGGGGGCGGCCGUCUUCUUGCAGAUGGUGCCGGUGGUGGAGCUCUGCGAGGAGUUCCUGAAGUCCGCCAUGAGCGUCGAGACCUGCCUCAACAUCGGGCAGAUGGCCACCACCUUCAGCCUGGCCUCCCUGAAGGAGUCGGUGGACGCCUUCACCUUCCGGCACUUCCUCCAGAUCUCCGAGGAGGAGGACUUCCUCCACCUGCCCCUGGAGCGCCUGGUCUUCUUCCUCCAGAGCAACAAGCUCAAAAGCUGCGGCGAGAUCGACCUCUUCCAGGCCGCCAUCCGCUGGCUGCAGCACGACCCAUCGCGCCGCGGCAACGCCAGCCAGGUCCUCUGCCACAUCCGCUUCCCGCUCAUGAAGUCCUCGGAGCUGGUGGACAACGUCCAGACCUUGGACAUCAUGGUGGAGGACGUCCUCUGCCGGCAGUACCUCCUGGAAGCCUUCAACUACCAGGUCCUGCCUUUCCGGCAGCACGAGAUGCAGUCUGCCCGCACCGCCAUCCGCUCGGACGUCCUCUCCCUCAUCACCUUCGGCGGCACCCCCUACACGGACAACGACCGGACCGUGAGCGGCAAGGUCUACUGCCUGCCGGAGAGCAGCACGCGCCAGUUCAAGGAGCUGACGGAGAUGGAAGUGGGCAGCAGCCACACCUGCGUGGCCGUGCUGGACAACUUUGUCUACGUGGUGGGCGGCCAGCACCUGCAGUACCGGAGCGGCGAGGGGGCGGUGGACAUCUGCUACCGCUACGACCCGCACCUGAACCAGUGGCUGCACAUCCAGGCCAUGCAGGAGAGCCGGAUCCAGUUCCAGCUGAACGUCUUGCAGGGCAUGGUGUACGCCACCGGCGGGCGGAACCGCUCCGGCAGCCUGGCCUCGGUGGAGAAGUACUGCCCCAAGACCAACGAGUGGAGCUACGUCUGCUCCCUCAAGCGCAGGACAUGGGGCCACGCCGGGGCCACGGUGGGGGGCAAGCUGUAUAUCUCGGGGGGGUACGGGGUCUCGGUGGAAGACAAAAAGGCGUUGCAUUGUUACGACCCCGCAGCGGACCAGUGGGAGUUCAAGGCCCCCAUGAACGAGCCCCGGGUCCUGCACGCCAUGGUCAGCGCCUGUAACUGGAUCUACGCCCUCGGGGGCCGCAUGGACCACGUCGACCGCUGCUUCGACGUCUUGGCGGUGGAGUACUACGUGCCGGAGAGCAACCAGUGGACGACUGUCAGCCCCAUGCGGGCCGGGCAGUCGGAGGCCGGUUGCUGCUUGUUGGAGAAGAAGAUCUACAUCGUCGGGGGCUACAACUGGCACCUGAACAACGUCACCAGCAUCGUCCAGGUGUACAACACAGAGACGGACGAAUGGGAGAGGGACUUGCAUUUCCCAGAAUCCUUUGCUGGCAUUGCUUGCGCACCAGUGAUUCUGCCACAGACCACAGCCCAGAGAGAAUCUGUAAGCAGCCUCCAUCUCUUCCAAGAUGUCUCUUCUCCUUCUCCCUCAGUGACCGGGACACUCUCUCUUUUGUAAACGGGACGGCAAAGUAUUUGUUAAAGGGCCGCUGCAUUUGAACAGAAGUGGAUCUCUCUUUCAUAGCUUGUGCCAGGAACGCCAAACCGCCAGGCUGGUGUCUCCAAGUUUGCUCGGGAGUCACUGGCAGUGGAGGCUGGGUGGAGAAGUGGGACAGGGAUAGCAAGGGGGUCGGGGGAGCAAGGAGCGCUGCCUCCAGACAUAAGAAAAAGUCUGGGAAGGAGGGUGAGAGAGACGGGUACAGCAGGACUGAUGUGUGGCUGAAACGUGCCUCCUGCAGGAGAACAUUCGCGAAGAGGCCUCUACAGCAGGGCUACACCACUUCAGCCCUCCUGCAGUUGAUAGACUACAACUCCCAUAAUCCCUGACUAUGGAUCACUGUGGCUGGGGGUGGGGGGGGCUGUCGUCUGACAACAGCUGGAGGGCCAAAGUUGUAGCAAGACACAGCAGCUAGCCUUCGGCACGGGCAGCUGGUAGGACCUGAGCUUGGCUGACUCCAAGCAAAUAUUGUAGGCUUGCAAUGCCCAGAGUAUCGGGCCGGUGAGGAGAGCUAAAGUCAGACAUUCUCUGUGGGACCUGAUCUCCCCCUGGGAGUUAGGCGAGGAUCUGAGGCCACAAAGAGCUCUGCCCCUCACAGCUUGCAGUUCCCUUCUGGUUCUUUUGACAGAAGUGAUCUUUCGUUUGUGGGAGGGUGGGGUGUCACACGUGAAGGUUGUUCCAGGGGGACCCAGCAGAUAUCAGCCCCUGCGGCCAGAUGGCCACUCUGAUGAGAUUUCCGUGUCUUUCACAGGAGCGACGCUCUCCGGUCCUCUCCUGAAGAUGCAUGAGCCACACUUACAAAACGACCAACCUGCAAGGUUUCUGAGCAAGCAUCUGCUUGGCCAUCCGCAUCUUGCAGCUCAGGCUUUGCUUCUUGUCAUAAGUUUUGGAGGCAUUUCCAGAUGUGAAAUUAAAACACUUUUCCAAGCA